UGAUGCACCAAGAUGGAAGCCUAAAAAUGAACGGCGUAGGACAAAAGUACCAUAUAGUCGUAUGUGGUAUCUACCUAUUGCUGACAGAUUGAAGAGAAUGUACCAGAGCAAGAAGACUGCAUCAGCAAUGAGAUGGCAUGCAGAGCACCAAGCAAAAGAGGGUGAAAUGUGUCAUCCGUCAGAUGCGGCGGAGUGGAAAUACUUUCAAGAUCAACAUCCCCGUUUUGCAGAAGAACCUCGCAAUGUUUAUCUUGGCUUAUGUACGGAUGGCUUCAAUCCAUUUGGAAUGUCUAAUAAUCAUUCGUUGUGGCCAGUGAUCUUGACUCCAUAUAAUCUACCCCCUGGUAUGUGCAUGAAGACAGAGUACUUGUUUCUCACAAUUUUGAAUUCUGGACCGAAUCACCCGCGAGCUAGUCUAGAUAUCUUCCUCAAACCUUUGAUUGAGGAGUUGAAAGAGUUAUGGUCUACUGGAGUUGAAGCAUAUGAUGUCUCCUUGAAUCAAAAUUUCAAUCUUAAAGCAGUGCUUCUUUGGACGAUAAGCGACUUUCCGGCAUAUGGCAUGCUAUCAGGAUGGACGACCCAUGGGAAGUUGUCUUGUCCAAUUUGCAUGGAAGAUUGUAAGGCUUUUUAUCUGACUAAUGGAAGGAAGACCUGUUGGUUUGAUUGUCAUCGAAGAUUUCUUCCUCGUAACCAUCCACUGAGAAAGAAUAAAAAGGACUUCUUGAAGGGAAAACACGCUUUGAAUGAUUUUCCACCUGAAUCUUUGACUGGUGAGCAAGUUUAUUCGGAGCUGUUAAAUGGUGUCAAUCCACCAAAAACAUCUAAGUGUGGUGGAAAUGGUCAUGACAAGAAGAAACCUGGAUAUGGAAAACGCCAUAAUUGGCACAAGGAAAGCAUAUUCUGGGAGCUGCCAUACUGGAGGGACCUCAUUCUUCGACAUAAUCUUGAUGUGAUGCAUAUAGAAAAGAAUUUUUUUGACAACAUCAUGAAUACUCUUAUGAAUGUGAAGGGUAAGUCGAAAGACACAAUCAAGUCAAGAUUGGAUAUAGCACUUUUCUGUGAUAGGGAACAUUUACAUGUUGAUAGCAAUGGGCAAGCUCCUUUCCCUCCCUACACAUUGGACAAGAACGCAAGAACAAGUUUAUUGGAAUGUGUGAAACAUUCGGUUAAAUUCCCAGAUGGUUAUGCUUCAGACCUAGCUAGGUGUGUUGAUCUUGAGAAUGGCAAGUUUUCAGGCAUGAAGAGUCAUGACUGCCAUGUUUUUAUGGAGAGGCUACUUCCAUUUAUACUUGCAGAACUCCUAGACCAAAACGUCCAUCUUGCGUUAUCAGGUGUUGGUAUAUUUUUCCGUGACCUUUGCUCGAGGACUUUGCAGAAAAGUCGGGUCAAACAACUUAAACAAAACAUAGUUUCGAUAAUCUGCAAUUUGGAAAAGAUCUUUCCACCAUCAUUUUUUGACGUGAUGCAGCACUUGCCUAUACAUCUCCCAUACGAAGCUGAACUAGGAGGCCCCGUGCAAUAUAGGUGGAUGUAUCUUUUUGAAAGGAAUUUCAAAAAGUUGAAAGCAAAUGCAAAGAACAAAAGAUAUGCGGCAGGAUCGAUAGUUGAAGCAUAUAUCAACCAGGAGAUCGCUUUUUUCUCGGAGCACUACUUUGCUGACAAUAUACAAACGAAAUCAAGGUUCACGAGAUUUGAUGAAGGUGAAGUCCCCGUAUAUCAUGUCGAAGGAGUACCUGAUAUAUUUACUCACGUAGGUCGUCCAAGUGGAGAAAUGCAAGAAAUAUGGCUAUCCGAAAAAGAUUAUCAAUGCGCACAUUCAUAUGUUUUGCGAAAUUGUGAAUAUUUUCAGCCAUUUGAGAGGAUGUUCGAAGAUUAUAUCAGUGCAAAAUAUCCGGACAUUUCCGAAGAAGAACUCUCCACGAAGAGAGCAGAUGAAUAUCAUAUAUGGGUGAAAGAUUAUGUUAGCUACUGGAGCAACACACAUCCUUUUCCUCUCUGGGUUAAAGAUAUGGCGAAUGGACCCAUGAAUAAAGCUAAAGCAUGGCCUAUCUAUUUCACAAGAGGUUUUUUGUUUCAUACACAGAAGCAUGGUGAGGGACGAAAGACUUGUAACUAUGGAGUAUGUGUUAAAGGAGAGAGUUAUACAAAUAUAACUGAUGAAGCACAUUACUACGGGAUCUUAACUGAUAUCAUAGAAAUCAAGUAUGAGGGGGCGGUCGAUUUGAGAAUCACACUUUUUAAGUGUAAGUGGUAUGAUCCUGUUCUUGGUAGAGGCACUCGGUGAAGCAAUGGUGGUAUCGUUGAUGUUCUUUCAUCAAGGAAAUACUACAAAUAUGACCCAUUUAUUCUAGGUACAUACACACACAUAUAUAUAUAUAUAUAUAUAUAUAUAUUUUUUUUGACAUCAGGUACGUAUAAUAUGUAUAUAUUGAUAUUUGAUAUUACACAGCUUCACAAGCAGAACAAGUUUGUUAUAUCCCGUAUCCAUAUGUAAGGAAACCAAAGCAAUUGUGGCUUAAUGUUCUUAAAGUGAAUCCGAGGAGAUUAAUCGUUGCUGGAGAAUAUGAAGACGUAGCCUCGAUUACGUUACAACAAGAAAACGAUGAUGCUGUUUUGAUGACUACAGUUGAAGACCUACAAUUUGAGCAUUUGGUACAUGCUCGAAAAGAACCAAUAAAUCUCGAUUUCGAAGUGGGAGAUGGAGAACCAAAUGACGAAUUCCGAUGUAAUUUAUCGUCUUCUGAUGAUGAUGUUUAAGUUAUUUGAGGCAAUAUGUAAUGAUAUAUAUUAUUGAAACAUUAACUUUA